AAGAUUUCCGGAAAAGUACUUAGAUUUCGUCGGAGUUUAGAUCGCCGUUCGAUUUAGCUUCUCUCUUCGCCGUUCGCUUUAUCUUCUCUCUUCUUUGAACUGAAAGGGUUCUGUUCUGAAAGGGUUUGGUUUUCUCUCUCUUCUUUUAAUUUUUGAAUUGCCCCUUUUUUUUUUUCUCUCUCUUCCCUUUUAAUUUCGAAUUGCCUUUUUCUUUUUUUUUUUAUUUUAUUCUUUAAAAUUUGCCAGCCGACAAGUUCCGAACAAGAGAAUCCACCACUACAGCUUGUGCCUUUAUAAAAUGUAGAAUUACUAAUUUACCCUCCCCCCGAGGCCUUUAGGCAUGAGUAAUGCUCAACUCUAGCAAGUCCCAUAACAUAAAAAAGAAAAUUAGAAAAAAAAAAAUAUCAUAUCUAAAACUUAGAAUUGACAGUUUGACACCAGGCAAAGAGACAAAUAAAAGGGAGUAAAUAAUUUGUCGACACCAAAAACAAUCAAAUCUCACUCUUUCGUGCUUCUUUCUACCGGCGACACAAUCUUCACGCUUUUUCCCUACCACCGAUCAUCGGCAUUUACCCCCUUUUUUCUCUCUCCUCUUCAAUUUCCCAAUUCUAAACCCUAAUCUCUCUCGUUUAAUUCCUGAAUUUCAAAUUUACAUUCAUCAUAAUUUUCUCAUUUAGAAUCACAAUUAGUACUGUGAUUGAUUGAUUGCUGUUUCAUGUUGUUUUAUGUGGAAUUAAUCCGACUUGCUUGAAAUUUUCCGAGUUCAUGAUCGCUGAGGAUGUUAAUUUUGAAGGUUUGAUUGUUUAAUGAUGUGGUUUUCCUUCUGGAGAUCUCGAAAUCGAUUCUCUUUAGAGGAACUCAGAUAUCUAACUGAACAGCUGCAAAAGAUUCAAAUCGUCAAUGAAGUUAAUAAGGAUUUUGUUAUUGAGGCACUGAGAUCAAUUGCGGAAUUGGUAACAUAUGGAGACCAGCAUGACUCAACCUUCUUCGAUUUUUUUAUGGAGAAGCAAGUGUUGGGAGAGUUUAUACGCAUUCUGAAGAUCAGUAGAACUGUCACUGUUUCGCUCCAAUUACUUCAGACUAUGAGCAUCAUGAUUCAAAACUUGAAAAAUGAGCAUGCAAUAUAUUAUCUCUUCAGCAAUGAGCACAUUAACUAUCUCAUAACUUAUUCCUUUGACUUUCGAAAUGAAGAGCUGUUAUCAUAUUAUAUAUCCUUUCUAAGAGCAAUAAGUGGGCAUCUGAACAAGAGCACAAUAGCAUUGCUUGUGAAGACACAGAAUGAUGAGGUGGUAUCGUUCCCAUUAUAUGUUGAAGCCAUUCAAUAUGCCUUCCAUGAAGAGAGCAUGAUACGUAUUGCUAUACGUGCAUUAACUCUUAAUGUUUACCAUGUUGGGGAUGAGAGUGUAAAUAGAUAUGUCGCCAGCGGUACACUUGCCAAUUAUUUCACAGAUUUGGUUGCUUUUUUCAAGAAGCAGUGCCUCACAUUGAAUGACCUGGUUGUUCAGGCUUCACAGGAAACAUCCAAAGAUUUUUCAUCUAGCAUCAUCGCUUUUGCGGAUGAAAUUGAGGACAACCUGUAUUAUUUUAGUGAUGUUAUCUCAGCAGGGAUUCCAGAUGUGGACAAAUUGAUAACAGACAACUUGUUGCGGCUUUUGAUAUUGCCACUGUUGCUGCCUUCUCUGAUUGAGGCUGGCUUAGGAAUUGGAGCUGUCACUUCAUUGUAUUUGCUUUGUUGCAUUUUGAGAAUAGUCAAAAUCAAAGAUUUGGCAAAUACCAUUGUUGCCGCAUUCUUUUGUCCACAAGGGGCCUUUGUAUCACUUCCAGAAGCUAAAAUGAAUGGUGCUGCAAUCUCUUACAAACUUCAACAUCUAAAAUCUGAAGAAAGUGCUCAAAGUAGUAAUGGAUAUGUGGUAGAGGAUGAAGGAAAUUUGAAACUUUCUAUUCCUGAAGAUGUCAGCUUGCAAGAUAGUUGUGGUGAUCCAAAUCUGUCUCUCAGGGAGACUGUACUUUCUUAUCUUAAUGUAGGCAACGACGUACAAGUUUUGGGAUCAUUAAGUGUAGUUGCUACAUUGUCGCAAACCAAAGAACUGGAGGAGUCAAUGCUAGAUGCUUUUGGAAUUCUUCCAAAACGGAAGCAACAUAAGAAACUCUUACUGCAAGCUCUUGUUGGCGAGAGCUCAGGUGAAGAACAACUUUUCUCUUCAGGAAGUAACUCAACGAGAUGUGGUUUUGUUAGUGAGCUGGAUAGCUACUUACAAAAACUGAAGGAAUAUGGGGUUUCUUCUUCCUUUGAACUAAGAUCAAGCCCGCGCUCAUGCAGAUCUCAGGUGCUUGAUGCAUUGGUUAACCUUUUCUGCCGGUCAGAUAUCUCUGCCGGGACCUUGUGGCAUGGUGGUUGGCUUUUGAGGCAGUUGCUCCCUUAUAGUGAGGCAGAAUUUAAUAUGCAGCAUCUUAAGCUGCUCAGAGAAUCUUUUGUUACAAGCUCUAGCAAUAUCCUCUUGGAGGCUAGAGGAACGUGGGCUGAUUUACUUAUCUCGGUUCUUUGUGAUGAGUGGAGAAAGUGCAAAAAAGUGACGGAGUCCUCAUCCCCCAGGAAUGAGUUGAGAUGCAUGCUCUUGCCGUCUUCUUCAGGAGGUGUCAUUUCAAGUGAAUCUUUGGCGGCUGGAGAGAGAAUGUAUGAGGUGGUAAAGGCAUUUGUACUUCUUUAUCAACUUCAAGUUUUCUCACAAGGCAUACCAUUGCCUGAUCAUGCACCAAUCUUUCCUCCAGUUGACAUACCUCAAAAUUCUCGUGGCAGAGCCAUGGGUCUCGACACUGUUGGCCCAAAGCAAGGUGUUGAGUUAAAACUUGUCGAUGCCAUUCCUUGUAGAAUUGCAUUCGAAAGAGGUAAAGAACGUUAUGUUUGGUUUCAAGCUGUAUCAAUGGGAACAUCUGGCUGGAUUGUGCUCGUGGAAGAACUCCCCUUGAGACAAAAUGUUGGAGUUGUUCGUGUUGUGGCUCCUUUGGCUGCCUGUAAUCCCCGAAUAGAUGACAAGCACCCAAGAUGGCUACACCUGAGGAUUCGUCCACCAACAUUACAGUCCCUGAAUCCUUCAAAAACUGCUGCAUUAGGAAAAGCAAAGGCACGGACUUUGGUUGAUGGAAGAUGGACACUAGCAUUUAGAGAUGAGGAAUCUUGCAAGUCUGCUGUAUCCAUGAUUCAUGAAGAGUUUAAUCUCUUAAGUCAAGAAGUUGAGAGGCAGUUUAAACCACUAUUUGACCCUGAUUACUUGAUGGUUCCACCGGGUUCCUCUUCGCAUCCAGAAUCUCCAAAUACUAAUUCUUCCAAUCGUUUAUGAGUUGCUUAGUUUAUCAAUUCAUCAUUAGCUAUCAAAAUUAUUAAUGGCAUCCUUAUGUUUUGUAGUGAAGCCAUCUUUUUGUACAUGUUGAUUAGGUAGUCUUUAGAUCAUAAUGUAGGUUAGUUUCAAUGAUUUAUACCAUUCUUUGUACACUAGCUGGGUGCCCGCUGCGUCCCAAAGCUUUCCUGAGAGCUGUUGAUAUUGAGGCUUUCGUUUGUAAACCACUGCUCUAUUAACCUGUAAACCUAUUGUAUAUUGAGGUGAAGGAAAUGUAUAGUUAUUGCUUUGUUGUAUCUCAA